AAUGGCUGUUUCCUGGCACUCCGCGUUGCGCAUAAGAACAGCCCUUAGCCGUGGCUACUUUGAAGAAUCUCAAAUAUAAAAUCUAUAUGGAUUUUUUAAACACUUUUUUUUGGUUACUACGUGAUUCCAUAUGUGUUAUUUAAUAGUUUUGAUGUCUUCACUAUUAUUAUACAACGUAGAAAACAGUAAAAAUAAACGUUUGUCUGGUACUGUGUUGUAAAACAAUCGAACGCUGCAGUCCCUCUGUCCUUGCAGAAACCUAAAAACAAAACAGUUCCCUACAUAUCUCCAAUAACACGCCUCAAAUCUCCCGAAACUCGCUGUCUGAAGAAUUCGACAGCAACAAAGGCGAUACAGUCAAAACAUAGAGCGGGUUGUGUAUGGUUUCUCUGCGUGUACCAGGUUGAUUCGUGGAACUUCUAGGUUGGAACAGCUGAUGGUGUUUUUUAUUUUCAGGACGAUAUCGGAUUUCAACCUACAGUGUUAAUUAUGUUACAGCCAUAGCUCGCUCAUCGAUACCAGGACGUUUGGAGGCGGUGCAGCGAUAGUAGACUACUACUGUAACAUUUGUAACUUAACGUUUCCUAUCACCUCUCAACUUCGUCGUGUCAAACAAUAGAGAUAUUUGUGAAGUAGGCUAAUGCCGAAGCGAGUCUCGGGGAGAACUCAAAGCUUCCUUUUCUCUGCUCAACCACGGAUACGGACGAGUAUCAUCAACCCAACAACAUGAGAAGUCGAAGCAACUCGGGAGUGAAACUGGACAACUAUGCCCGGAUAGUGCAUCAAACCAUACUCCGACAUCAAGACCCAGUCACAGGUCUCCUCCCAGCCAGUGGAGAUCAGCCCGAUGCCUGGGUGAGAGACAACGUGUACAGCAUCCUGUCUGUCUGGGCUCUCAGUCUGGCCUACAGGAAGAAUGCAGACAGAGAUGAAGACAAGGCCAAGGCCUAUGAACUGGAACAGAGUGUGGUGAAACUAAUGAGAGGUGUUCUACAGUGCAUUAUGAGACAGCUGGACAAGGUGGAGAAGUUUAAGUACACUAAGAGCACCAUGGACUGCCUCCAUGCUAAGUACAACACCAGGACCUGUGCUACCGUGGUGGGGGACGAUCAGUGGGGACACCUCCAAGUGGACGCUACCUCUCUGUUCCUGCUGUUCCUCGCUCAGAUGACUGCCUCAGGACUUCAUAUCGUCUACACUCAGGAUGAGGUGGAUGUGGUACAGAAUCUCAUGUUCUACAUCGAGGCAGCUUACAAAGUGGCUGACUACGGGAUGUGGGAGCGAGGAGACAAGACGAACCAGGGGAUCCCUGAGCUCAACGCUAGCUCCAUCGGCAUGGCUAAAGCAGCUCUGGAGGCCCUGGAUGAACUGAACCUGUUUGGAGCCGGAGGAGGACCAGGGUCUGUAGUGCACGCUCUGGCUGACGAUAUACAGCACUGUCAGUCCAUCCUCAACUCCAUGCUUCCCAGGGCAUCUAUGUCUAAAGAGGUGGAUGCAGGUGUUCUGUCCAUCAUCUCGUACCCGGCCUUCGCUGUAGAGGACAUCUCUAUAGUCAACAUCACCAAGGAGAAGAUCAUAUCCAAACUACAGGGUCGAUAUGGAUGCUGUAGGUUUCUCAGGGAUGGACACAAAACGCCUAAAGAGGACCCUAACCGUCUAUACUAUGAGUCUGCUGAGCUGAAGCUCUUUGAGAACAUAGAGUGUGAAUGGCCCCUGUUCUGGACCUACCUCAUACUGGAUGGCGUCUUCACCAACAGCCCAGAACAGGUCCAGGAGUACAAGGAUGCUCUGGAGGGGAUUCUGAUCAAACAGAAAGACGGGAUCUGUCUACUUCCAGAGCUCUACAGUGUUCCACCUGAUAGGGUGGAUGAGGAGUAUGUAAACCCCCACUCUGUGGAGAGGGUCCCUCUGGGGAAGCUCCCUCUAAAGUGGGGUCAGUCCCUUUACGUUCUGGGAAGUCUACUGGCAGAGGGUUUCCUGGCCCCUGGAGAGAUAGAUCCUCUCAACCGACGUUUCUCCACCAUCCCCAAGCCAGACGUGGUGGUGCAGGUGUCUAUCCUGGCAGAGAACGAGGAGAUCCAGGAGUUGUUGAUGAAGAAUGGGAUAGAAGUGGAGACGAUAGCUGACAUACACCCCAUCCAUGUCCAACCUGCUAGAGUCCUCAGCCACAUUUACGCACGACUCGGACGUAACCAGAGACUGGGGCUGACUGGUAGACCCUACAGGAGGAUUGGAUGUCUAGGAACUUCUAAAUUCUAUGUCAUCCGCAACACCAUAUUUGCCUUCACACCACAGUUCAUAGAUCACCAGCAGUUCUACUUGGCGUUGGACAACCAGAUGAUUGUUGAUAUGCUCCGUACUGACCUGUCCUACCUCUCCUCUCGAUGGAGGAUGACUGGAAGACCCACUGUCACCUUUCCUAUCUCUCAGACCAUGCUCACUGAAGACCACUCUGACUUGGACCCUGCGGUUCUGGCCACUCUGAAGAAGCUACAGGAUGGAUACUAUGGAGGAGCAAGGAUCCAGACGGGGAAGCUCUCUGAGUUCCUGACCACUUCCUGUUUUGCCAAACUCAGCUUCCUGGAUGCCAGUAAGCAUGCGGGCAGCAUGGGCCAGCAACAAGAUGAUGAUGAUGAUGAUGAUGACUAUGGAUGCUUUGCUGAGCAUGGCUUGACCUUCCAUGGUGACGCUGAUGAUCUAGCCCAGUACCUGGACCAGUUGUUGACCACAGCGAAUGCCAGCAGAGGGUCAAAGGUCAGAGGUGACUCUGGAGGGCUGGACAGGUUCAAAGCAGCAGCCACGAAGACCAAGGAAAUGGUGUCUCUGAUGCACAAGGCUAAGGAACUCCACCUACACAAUGCCCACUUAUAUCUCCCCAACAAGCUCUUCCGUUCCCCUCAGCCCUCCCUCCACCUCACCCUCACAGAUUCCUCUGCGACUCACAACAGUCAGUUUCCUCAGGUAGUAGUGACCACAGAGUGUAACCUGCCCAGAGAUGCCAGUGGUGAUAUAGACUACACGAGUCUGGUCCAGCUCCUCAGAGACACCCACAGUCUACCAGACCAGGCGGACAUACUGUACAUCCUCUUCAAAGACAAGGGUAUGGAGUGGGACACCAGACUACAUGGUAAAGGCUCUACAGUCCGCUCCCUGCUGACAGACCUGUAUGUGAAGGCAGGAGAUCUCAAACACUGGGGACUCAUACGCAUGAUCUCUGGAAUACUGAGGAAGAAAGUAGAGGAACUCGACUGGGCUUGCUCUGAUUUGUUGGCCCACCAGAAGCACCUGACUGUGGGUCUGCCUCCAGAACCUCGGGAGAAGACCAUCACAGCACCCAUCCCUCCAGACAAGCUGGCCAUGCUGAUAGAUGAAGCUAGUGAGAACAACAUCACUAUAGCCAUCCUCACACAGGAGAUCAUGGUGUACCUGGCGAUGAACAUGCGUACCCAACCCAGCCUGUUCAGUGAGAUGUACAGGCUGCGUAUCGGACUCAUCAUCCAGGUGAUGGCCACUGAGCUGGCACAGUCUCUCAACUGCUCAGGAGAGGAGGCUACAGAGAGUCUGAUGAGUCUGAGUCCGUCAGAACUAAAGAUCCUGCUACAUCACAUCCUCAGUGGGAAAGAGUUUGGAGUGCAGAAGAGUGUGCGUUCUGUAGACGCAGGUGCCAGUCCGGCCAUCUCUAUCCACGAGGUGGGUAAUGUGGGCGCCACCAAGAGCGAGAGGGCGGGCAUCAGCAAGCUGAAGAGUGACAUGAGGAUGUUGGAGGAGCUCAGGUUGUCAUGGUCGCAGCAAAGACAGAGCCUUACACCGCACUCAUUGGACAUGGAACAUAUUGAAUCUGGGAGGUACAGGCUCCCCUCCAUAGAGUCUCUGGACAUUCCAGUGAGCACGCCCGUCACCAAGGAUACGAGGCACGGCCAAUGGCUGCGUAGGAGACGUCUCGACGGAGCACUCAACAGAGUCCCCAUAGGCUUCUAUCAGAAGGUCUGGAAGAUUCUGCAGAAGUGUCAUGGUCUGUCCAUAGAAGGAUUCGUUCUACCAUCUUCAACGACAAGGGAGAUGACUUUAGAUGAGAUCAAGUUUGCGGUGCACGUGGAGACGGUGCUGAACCGGGUGCCCCAGCCAGAGUACCGCCAGUUACUGGUGGAGGCCAUCUUAGUUCUCACCAUGCUGGCAGACGUGGAUAUAGACAGCGUGGGCAGCAUCAUCCAUGUGGAGAAGAUCGUCCACAUUGCCAACGACAUGUUUUACCACGACCAGAAGGACUUGGGAGCAGAGGAGCAGAUCUUAGAGAGAGACCCCUCUACAGGAGUGUGUCGCUUGCUGUAUGACAGCGCCCCUAGUGGACGAUUUGGCAGUAUGACAUACCUCACCAGGGCUGUGGCUGUAUACGUACAGGACUUCCUGCCCUGUGGCUCCUGUGCCCUGCAGUAGACACACACGUGCUGGCUGUGUCAGAACACCUGUACCUGCAUUCUAAAGGGGGAGGCUUUUUCAGGAAUGUGAAAGUAGAACAAUAGUAGAAUAAUAUUAGUAGAAUAAUAUUAGUAGAAUAAUAUUAUUUGACUUUGAGUGUGUUUUAAAUGCCAGGAUGUCAUAUUAAUUUGGCCUUUCGUCUAGUGGAAUUCGCUAUAUACGCUAUUGAGGGAGCAAAUCGUCUUUUCACACCCACUUGUGUUUGACAACAGCCGAUAAUCAGAAUAGGGGACGGCGCUCUACAAAAAUGAGCGAAUGGUAGAAACUAGCCCGAUUGUGCAUUAGAUAAGUAGUAUGUGUUGAUAUUUGUUGCUUACUGCAUACAUCUUUACUAACCAGUACGUCCUAAACAGUAUGUAGUACUGUUAGUACACAAUUUGUAGUUUUAGUAAGUACACUUUCUAAGUAUGACUUAACUAGUCAUUUAGUAAGCAUGACAGAUUUCAGACACACCAACAUGUACACCCUUAAACACAAAUAAAGGUCAAAUAAAAACACAAGUGUGAUCUGACUGUUAAGACGUAAAAAGCAUUCACCUGAGUGUUCAUUAGGUCUAAUUUUUUAUCCUUUUUUUUGUCCAGCCUGGCAGAUAUUUACAUCUAACAUGGACAACACACUGUCUUUGUUUGGUCAGACAAAUAGCACCCUAUUCCCUAUAUAUGGUGUACUACAUCGACCAGGCCCCUUAGGGUCCUGUAAUCUUUGCUAACUAUUACUCGAUAACUAGUCAGUAACUGGUACCUAAUAAUUGAUAACUAGUCAUUGAUAACUAGUAAGUAACCGGUACCUAAUAAUUGAUAACUAGUAAGUAACCGGUACCUAAUAAUUGAUAACUAGUCAUUGAUAACUAGUAAGUAACUGGUACCUAAUAAUUGAUAACUAGUCAUUGAUAACUAGUAAGUAACCGGUACCUAAUAAUUGAUAACUAGUCAUUGAUAACUAGUAAGUAACUGGUACCUAAUAAUUGAUAACUAGUAAGUAACUGGUACCUAAUAACUGAUAACUAGUCAUUGAUAACUAGUAAGUAACCGGUACCUAAUAAUUUAUAACUAGUCAUUGAUAACUAGUAAGUAACUGGUACCUAAUAAUUGAUAACUAGUCAUUGAUAACUAGUAAGUAACUGGUACGUAAUAACUGAUAACUAGUCAUUGAUAACUAGUAAUUGAGACCUAUAAGAGGGUUAUCAUGGGCAGUUUACAGGUACAUUAUAUGAUUUGUUGAGAUGACUUGGACAAUCAAGAAUAAUCAUACAAAUCUAUAAUCUUCUGGUAGGUCUGCCUCAAUUUGAUAGAUGUUGUAACUCACUGUUUCCUAAUCCUGGGGACCCAAAAGGGUGAGCAUUUCUGUUGUUGAACUAACACACUUGACUGAUGGAGGUGUAUUAGAGCUAGGGACAAUAACAAAGAUGUGCACCUUGGGUCCCAGGGACCAGGAUUGGAAAACACAGUUGAAACUGAUGCUGCCUGGGUUGAAUAGAAGUCGCAAUGUUUUCCUUGAGAAAACAUUUUAGUUUUGUUGUCAGUGUGAGUUCUGGGACAUUUUAGUUUUAUUGUCAGUGUGAGUUCUGGGACAUUUUAGUUUUAUUGUUAGUGUGAGUUCUGGGACAUUUUAGUUUUGUUGUCAGUGUGAGUUCUGGGACAUUUGAGUUUUAUUGUCAGUGUGAGUUCUGGGACAUUUUAGUUUUAUUGUCAGUGUGAGUUCUGGGACAUUUUAGUUUUAUUGUUAGUGUGAGUUCUGGGACAUUUUAGUUUUAUUGUCAGUGUGAGUUCUGGGACAUUUUAGUUUUAUUGUUAGUGUGAGUUCUGGGACAUUUUUUUUAAAUUGUCAGUGUGAGUUCUGGGACAUUUUUUUUUUAUUGUCAGUGUGAGUUCUGGGACAUUUUAGUUUUAUUGUCAGUGUGAGUUCUGGGACAUUUUAGUUUUAUUGUCAGUGUGAGUUCUGGGACAUUUUAGUUUUAUUGUCAGUGUGAGUUCUGGGACAUUUUAGUUUUAUUGUCAGUGUGAGUUCUGGGACAUUUUAGUUUUAUUGUCAGUGUGAGUUCUGGGACAUUUUAGUUUUAUUGUCAGUGUGAGUUCUGGGACAUUUUAGUUUUGUUGUCAGUGUGAGUUCUGGGACAUUUUUGUUUCUAAACCUCAACCUCUAUAUGCUGUAUUUAUAAAAGUAUUGUGUUGUUUUGGGGAUUUUCACAGUUUCAGUUUUUUGUUUACUAAUAUACAAGGCAGAAAGUAUAACGUAAUAUGCAAAAAGAGGACGAUGUAGAUUUGAUAAGUUACUUAAUUUGAGAAAUGUUUUCUUUUUUGUGAUGUAUUUUUACAAGCUCAACUUUUAUAAAGGUUAAGUUAAAUGAAUGUAAUUGGCUUUGCAAGUAUUCGAUCAGAUUAAACGUGAACCAACACAACAAACGGUAAUGAAUGUAACUAAAGGUGUGGUUUCCAAACGUCACCCUGUUCUCUAUGUAGUGCAUGAAACUAUAAACUGAGUGGACAAAACAUUAAGAACACCGGCUUUUUCCAGGACAGACGGACCAGGUGAAUCCAGGUGAAAGCUAUGAUCCCUUAUGGAUGUCACUUGUUAAAUCCACUUCAAAUCAGUGUCGAUGACGGGGAGGAGACGGGUUAAAGAAGGAUUUUUUUAAAGCCUCGAGUCAAUUGGGACAUGGAUUGUGUGUAUCUGUGCCAUUCAGAGGGUGAAUGGGCAAGACACAUAUUAAAGUGCCUUUGAACGGGGUCUGGUAGUAAGUGCCAGGCGCAACGGUUUAGGUGUGUCGAGAACUGCAAUGCAAGUCAAUAUUAGGAAGGUGUUCUUAAUGUUUUGUACACUGUAUAUACACUACACUAUAUAGCCCAGGAAUGGGGCGCAACAAACUCAAAUGUCCGUUUUUACUCAUAUUUAAAAAGUGCAGUUUGUAUUGGGAUAAAAUCCUUCACAAGAAAAGGGACAAGAGACCGGCACCUUGAUGAGUUGAAUAGUUUGUAAAAUGAUAUAUAUGUUCACAGUAGAUGGUGGUAACCUCAAUGUAAUCGGCUACUGGACGGUUUUCCUGUAUCUGUAAGUAAGGAUCGCUGUGUUUGACAAUAGAAUAAAUCAUCUAGAUGGAAAAUGAAA